AUGAAUGAAUAUGAUGAUGCUAUCGUAUUUGAUUGUGUUAUCAACAGGGUUGAUGAGAAAGGAGAGUGGAGAUUGACAUUUAAGCCAUCAAGAGAAGAAAAUGAGGCUACAAUUACUUGUAGUUGUAAGAAGUUUGAAAAAUGGGGAAUAUUAUGUUGUCAUGCCUUGAGGAUAUUGUACGAUCAUGAUGUCAAGUUGCUUCCACAUAAAUAUAUUUUAAAGAGGUGGACAAGACAAGCAAGGUGUGGUGUGGUGUAUGAUAACAAGGGAAUGGAGAUUGAUGUUGAUCCUAAGCUAGAAUGCUCAAAUCGAUACAGGCAAUUGUGUCCAAUGCGUAUAAAACUAGCCAGUGAUGCAUCUGAAUGUCUAAAGACUUUCUUUAUGGUUCAAAAAGCGGUGGAAAAACUUAGUAAGAAAGUGUUCGAACUUCUUAUCAAGCAGUCAUCAGAUGCUGUUGAUAGUGAAUGUGGUGUUGAUAGUGAAUGA